GUGGAGAUGUCCGUGGACUGUGCUUGAAUAAAAUGCAAUACACGGUAGUGUCCCAGUAAAUAUAACCAGGUAGUUCAGCAAGAUGGAUCACGGUAACAAAAAAGUAAAACUGGAUCCAGAUUCAGUAAAAGGUACAUCACUGCAGGAGGAAACACCAGACCAAGAUGAUAAAUUUGAAGAGACGUUAGUUGAACCAUGCGAUGAAGAUAUAGAAUUAGAGGCCUCCAGUUGCCCCAUGAAAUUCGACAUAGAACAGGAACCGCUUGAUGCAACAGAAUAUACGAUAGAAAUAAAUACAGACCUAAAACAAAUGGAACAUCAUAGCGCACAACAAACCAAAGACGAAACAAAACAUGAUGAUUCAAUCGUAAAAUCAGAGAACGGGAACAUAAAAGAUUUUAUAUGCGUUACUUGUAAUUAUAUCACUACAGAACCGCUUGACUUCACGAAUCACUGGUUGGGUCAUGAGACCCAAACAUAUACACACCAAAACGGUCGAUAUGUUUGUCACAUUUGCCAAUGUUUGAGUGUAUUUCCCACAAAAAUGGAACUCCUGAAACACAUUGCAAAUCGACACUUGAUCAGAUAUCGUUGCGCCUUCUGCUAUUAUGUGACUUACUCAACUGAGGACUUUGAUGAACACAGCAGAAACCACUUCACAUACCAAUGCGUCAGAUGCGAUUUGGAAUCAACGAAACAUUUCUUUGUGCAAAACCAUCUUGAAACUCCCUUGGAAUGCGAGUUCUGUGAUUUUAAAGCAUACCAUUGGAUCCUGUAUCAAAAGCACGUCAAUAUGCAUCGUUACCCACCAGAUUCGAUCAUCGAAUGCAGAUUUUGUGGAUUCACAACUGGCUAUAAUUGUUUGCUUAAAAAACACCUAGUCGUCCAUUGCGGGAAGUUUAUCAUUUGUAAGAUGUGUGACUUCACCGGAUUAAAAAAAGCAGAACUUGACAAACACUACAAAAUUGCCCAUCAUACCACACUUGAAUCUAUAGGCAAAGUGCACAAAUGUAUGUUUUGCACGUGCAAGUUCACAAAUCUGGGUUCUAAACUUUUGCACGAAAAAUCUCAUUUUAAGGAAAAUGCUACCUUUAAAUGCUGUACAAGUUCCACGACGAUCCAGUGUCCUUACUGCAACUACCAGGAUGAAAACAUAAAUGAGCAUAUACACUUGGAACAUUCAGCCGAGUUAGAACUCGAGGGCUUUAGAUGCGAAAGUACUGUUGAGGAAACAGUGAUAAAAUUAUUAAACCCUGAAUCUUUUGAAACUGAAGAUGAACCAAAAGCAGGGCGGGAAAAAGACUCCGCAGAGUAUGAAGAUGUAAUAACAUCUGCAGAUGAUGCAGAUAAUCAAGUGAUUGAAGACUCCAUUGAAAUAUAUGCUGAAAAAGCUUCUCACCGUUGCCCAAAUUGUUUUCGUACUUUUACGGGCAUGAAUGCAUUCGAAAAACAUUUGUUCAGCAUCCACAAAAUGACUUACGCAGAAGCAAAAACAAAAUUAAAAAAUCGCCAGUUAUGUAAAUUAUAUGCGUCCACCACUAAAAAACAUUUUAUUAGCGAUCAUCCCGAACCAAAUAAAACUAAACCAAUAUUGGAACCAAAACUUAUACCUAAUCCCCAACGUUACAUAUGUCCCUUUUGUUAUUACGUUACGUUCAUGGUAGAUGAAUUUAAAGCGCAUUGUCAAAGACAUACCGUAUUCAAAUGUACUGACUGUAACUUUGAAUCCACCAAGCGACUUUUUGUGGAAGACCACAUGCAUAAUCCUUGGUCUUGUUCAAAAUGCCGGUUCAAAGCACAUCAUUGGCUCCCAUUGAUACACCACGUGUUCAGCCGUCACGACAAGGUAGUCGCGCUUCUAAGAUGCCAAGAAUGCAAUCUUCGGGAUAGACACAGGGCACUGCACGGAGAAAACGGCCCGUUCAAUGUGAAAUGCAGCCAGUGCCAUACUUCCAAAACAAAAAUAUCAGAAGACGAUAACGGCAAAGACACAAACAGUAAAGACGAUAGAGACGGCUGGACAAAGUGUCCAUACUGUGGAUACAAGGACGAGGCUAGAUACAGAAUGAUCGACCAUUUAAGCCAGGUCCAUGAGAACGAGUUGGAGAUCGAAGGCUUUCGAUAUAAAGAAGCCACAAAGAAAUUACGUGAAAAACCUGGAAGAAACACUGCGGUAGCUACAAGUGGCGACCGUCGAAAGCACAAGACGAAAUACUAUGAAACAUCUGAAAUAAACACUGAGAUGAAUAAAACAAAUAGGAAACUUCCAGAAAUCUCAUUGACUCAAAAAGAACAGCAAAAACAACGAAGAAGCGCAAAAGCGGAUGAAAUAAAUUUGGAGGCAGACGCACACCUUGAAGAUAUUGCUCGUGCUGAAGUUUUGCAAAACGAAGGUGUAGAUAGCAUUGAUAGCGCAAAAGAAGAAUCUGAUGAUAUUGCUCAAGCAAAUGCUUUGCAAGAAGACGCAGAUAGCAUAAAACGACAUAGUCAAACAGGAGCUUCACAAGAAGAAGGCUCAGAUAAUACACAGCAAGCUCAUAACGUUUUGCAAGAAUCAGGGGGUACAGCUCAAACAAAUCUUUUAGAAGAAGUAUAUGGCAUACAUCAGCCUAUUGGAAAAAUUAUAGGAUUUGAGGAAAUUUAUCAUGGGGUCUUAAAAGAAGAAGACGCGGAUAGCGUUGAACAAAUUGAAAAAAUGGUUGACGCUACAGAUUUCCUAAACACGAAAACUGUGGGAGAUAUUCCUACAACGGAUGCACCUUGCACAAAUAGGCUGAAUCUACGCAAAAAUGAACAAAAAUGGGGCGAAAAAGGUCCACUUUACUACGAACAGGAAAACAGAUGGUAUUGUCCACUUUGUCCCUAUAGCUGGAUGGGCAAUUCCUACGCUGUUGUACAUCAUUUCGAUCAAAGACAUAAGCGAGUUCAAAAUCCACUGUUCAAGUGUGCUGCUUGUCGUUACAAUACAAAAUCUUGGCUGGCUUUAAGUAAUCACAUAAGUCUGAUGCAUCGUGCGAAAGCUGAUUCGGAAGAAAUUCCUUGCAAGCAACCGGGUUGCAAGUACAAGGCGCCAUCUGUGGACGAGUUGAGUAGGCAUAUGGCGCACCACCUGCAAACUUCCAUAAAGGAGGUGAUGAAGUACAAAUGCGAGCGGUGCAAUUUUGCUACGGUCUCGGACAAGGUUUUUAAAAAACAUAACUGCAUUUCUACGAUGAACCACGAAUGUUAUGACUGCGGAUUUCAAUGCGAAACGAGAAUCCAAAUUUAUUAUCACAUCAUUAAGAGGCAUAGGUAUACGAACUCAAAAACAAAGGGAUUUCAAUGCCGCAAAUGUGGGCUUGCAUCCAAAGACAAGACUUGGAGGGAGCGACAUCUUGACAAAUGUGCGAAAAUGCGGUAAUUUUGCAGUGUGCAGUUGAUUGUAUACAAUUAAAAUAAAUGUUGCAUAAAAAUC